CACAGCUUGUCCAUCCUCAUCAUCCCUUGCUAAAUAACUAUACCCUUCACUCCUAAAAUAACAACAAUGCCUCCACGUCUCUCUAUAUAUACUCCGUUACGAUCCACUUUCUCCUACCGCGUCACGGUCGCCAGAUUUAGCACGAGCAGCGACAAUGCCGUCAUCCAGACCCAGCACGUUCCCGCCCCAGGGUCGGGGAACAUUCGCGUCCUGCUUUUGAACCGGCCCAAGGCACGCAACGCAAUCUCUCGCGAUCUCCUCGACGGGCUUGCCAGGAAUGUUAAAUCUAUUGCCGCUGAAGGAGGCUCAGGGCCAACGCGUGCCCUGGUCAUCGGCAGCAACGUCGACUCGGCCUUCUGCGCGGGCGCAGAUCUCAAGGAACGCGCGGGCAUGAGCCGGGAAGAAACAGCCGAAUUCUUAUACAAUCUGCGAAGCACCUUCCGCAACCUCUCGGAGCUCCCCAUUCCCACCAUCUCCGCCGUUUCCUCUAUGGCGCUGGGCGGCGGCCUUGAACUUGCUCUAAGCACACAUCUUCGCGUCUUCGGCUCCUCGUGUAUGGUCGGACUUCCCGAGACAAGGUUGGCCAUUAUCCCUGGGGCUGGAGGUACCUAUCGCCUCCCCAAUCUGAUUGGCGUGAACCGUGCACGGGACCUUAUUCUCACUGGACGGCGCGUAUCCGGCCCGGAGUCGUAUUUCAUCGGCCUAUGCGAUCGGCUUGUGGAGGUGCUCCCGGAAGAGGAAGGAAAGGAGGGUGUGGCGAGGGAGAAGGUCCUCACGGAAAGUAUCAAGCUGGCGCUGGAGAUCUGUGAGGGCGGGCCAAUUGCCAUCAAGCAGGCCUUGAAGGCUGUGAGUGAGUAUCAACGGGGCGAGGAGGCUGAAAAUGAGGCGUACGACGGCGUGAUGGGCACUGAAGAUCGGUUUGAGGCUCUCAGGGCGUUCGCGGAAAAGCGGAAGCCCGUCUUCAGGGGGCGAUGAAAGAGUCAUCUGGAAGUUUGUGUUGCCCCAUUAUGGAUGUAAGCUGAGGGACGACCAGGGAUUCUUGUGACUCAGGUUGGACGGGUCGGAGUGCUGAAGGAUUCUAGAACCAGUUCUUUGUGAGUCAAUGUAUUGUGUAGCUUUUGAUUAGUACCUGGGUGCCCUGGACACGGAAACUGUACUUAUUUUGGUAGUAGUAUCAAGGUACCAGGGCCGAAGCUACAGGCAAAAACAUGCUUGCCUGCCAUAGAGGCCUAAGCUUGAAAAUCCAGACAUCGUCUGAGAUUGGUAAUUCUAAUUGUUGAGAGUAAAUCAGGGACAUACAUUCAAUAAGGCAAUGCAACAAAUGGCAUUGUUUCCCACCCUAUCCCUCAUGAUCUC